AUGUGGAAGUCUUUGGAACAUGGAGAGUACAAGGCAACUCCACAAUCCUUGCACAAGUCACCAUAUCUUUGUGCCAUGGUUCACGGUGGCUGCAGAGACCCUCUUAGUCGCAGUGGCGCCCCCAAGGGCCCUGCCGGAGGCGGUGGCGCCGCCAGGGGCGGCGCAGCUCCCCGUGGCCCUUCCAGGGGCGAUGGCACCCUCAGGGAUGGUGGCGACCCCGGGGGCCCUCCCAAGGACAAUGGCGCCCCCAGGGGCCUCACAGGUAUCCACAGGGGCCCUCCCAGAGGAGGUGGCAUCCCCAUGGGCCAUUCCAGGGGUGGUGGCACUCCCAAGGCCCUCUCUGGGGCAGUGGCGACCCCAGGGGCCCCCAGGGUCCCUGUCAGGGGCAGUGGAGCCCCCAAGGGUGAAAGUGAUACAGUAUAUUCCAGCACAUAUUGA